AUGAGCUCGAGAGAUCUCACCACCCACACUUCCCUGCUUCGGCCAGCCCGAGCCGCGGUGCAAGAGCCACCUACCUCCCUCGACGGACACGGCGUCUUCGCAAUCAUCGUCUUUGCAGUGGUCACGCUGAUCGUCAUCUGGCCAAUUCGAAUACCCAUUCCCUUUGCUGUAUCCGAGAGAGUAGCAAAAGUAUGGCACAGAGCAGCAGGUCCAGAGGCAACAGCAGCUCGCACUCCUGAUCAGCACAUCGACCCGGGCAGGCGAGGUGAGCCGCUCCCUCGGGUUCCCCUGACCCUCGGCAGCUCGACCAGUCCUCGAGGAUCGCAGCGGCGCUACAUAUCCUUAACACAUGUAUCAGCACCUGCUAUCGGUAUACUCUUCCUACUCGCUACACGCACCAUCGGUGGGGAGCAAAUCAGGCUGGGCAUUGUGGGCGAUGGAGGUGUGAAGCCUUACAGUGUCUUGGCCCUCUUUAUCAGUCUGGCCUACAUUGCCAUCUCACUCGAUGCCACCGGCCUGUUGCGGUAUCUGGCCUUGCACGUCUCCCUCAAGGGUGGCCGCUCAGGCCCACGCCUCUUCUACCUCCUCUAUGCCUUCUUCUUCCUACUGGGGCUACUGGUAGGCAAUGAUCCAGUCAUACUCUCCGGUACAGCCUUUCUGGUUCACUUUACCCGAAUCUCGGGCAUAUCGAGACCGGACGCAUGGAUCUGGGCUCAAUUCUCCGCGGCAAAUAUCAGCAGCGCUUUGCUGGUCAGCAGCAAUCCGACCAACAUUGUCAUCGCAAGUGGCUUUGGGGUAGAGUUCACCACCUAUUCGGCUUUCAUGGCAUUGCCGACCAUAGCUAGUGGCCUGACUGCUCUAGUGGUGGUACGAUUGAUCUUUGUUACACAAAAGGCGGGAAAGUGGUCGCUGAUGGGAUACAUCCUGCCGGGCGGUAACCGCGGCAACGCGGGAAGGAGAAGUAACAAGACUGCCUCCCAGUCAGGAACGCAGCAGUCUGAAGCUGCAGCGGCUGAUACUUCAGCUGCAACAGCCGUUGAGGGCGAGACUAGCCCUGCAGCGCCUGCAUCCCUACACCCUCCUCAGGGUCGCUCUACCUCCCCGGCAAGAGACAUCGUCUACAUUCCGCCGUACCUGAUUCCUCCGGAUGUACGGCCACGCGAGGCGCUCGUGGAUCCCUUUGGGGCCAUCUUUGGCUCAAUAGUCAUGGCGGCGACGCUCAUUGUCCUGGUGGGCACUUCAGUCACUGGAGCCGUCGAGGUGUACGAAAUCGCUCUGCCAGGAGCCGCCAUUUGUCUGUUGAGAGAUAUUCUAAAAGACCUGAAAGAUGGUCGCACGGAGCGUAAAGCGAGACAGAAGAUGAGCACCAACCAGAGUGUGGAAUCCAGUGCCGAACCUGCCGUUGAUGCACCGGGUGAGGCGAUAGAAUUGCAAAAAAUCGGAUCUGCUCCGGGUCAGACUGGCGAGCGCGAGAACGCCAACGCCUCAUCUCUGACAGCGAGCGGCGCCGUCUUCAACCUCGGGCCUGCCCGACGAAUGCUCCUCAAGAGCUUACAGUUCCCUAGCUGGUUUGCCAAGACUUUUCCCACUGUCACCGCCGUCUUCACUCGUCUGCCACUACCGCUUUUGCCAUUUGCUUUUGGCAUGUUCAUCCUCGUCGAAUCGCUCGCCCAUGUCGGCUUCAUCGACAUCAUGGCCAGCGGUCUGGGCAAGGUAUGCUCAGGCGCAGGCGAGAUAGGCACCGCCUUGUUCAUCGGCUGUCUGAGCGUACUCCUGUGCAAUCUGGGAGGCACAAAUAUCGGGGCCUGUAUCAUCCUCGUCCGUGCGAUAGUCUCCACGCCUUUCUCACAACACCUCUCCUCAGAAAGCACGGCCAGCAUCACGCAGACUGCCAUUUAUGCUCUUGCGCUAGGUUCAAACGUGGGAGCUCUAGGCGGGACUUUUGCCGCCUCGCUCGCAGGACUACUCUGGAGGGAAAGUCUUCGUCAGGGUGGAAUUCAGCUCAGGGCAAGGCACAUUGCCAUCUGGUCUCUUCUGACCGCGCCUCUAGCUCUCUUGAGCGGAUUGAUCGUAGUGUGGGCGCAGGUAAGGAGCGGUAGGUGGCCGUGA